UUUUAUUCUUCUUAAAUUAUUCAUUUAGACUAAUAAUAGUUAUUGAUCGGGAAUUCAAUAUUUAAUUCAUAUUGAAUUAUAUUACAUUCAAAUUGUGCAUACAAUUACAAUAGUCAUGUGUUGCUAUGUUUCAUAAAUGAAUUAAGAUUGCAAUGCUCAAUUUUCUCAUUCUUUAUUGAUUCAUUUAGGUUAAUAGUCAAAAAUAAAAUUUUGUUACAAAUUCUAGAAAAUCUACUGUGAUAUUUUUGUUGAAUUGAUCUAAUCAUGGCCGAUGUUGCAACGAAAUCACCCGAUCAAAGUCCUGUAGAACCAAAUCGCAACAAUUCAUUGAAAAAUUCUAGCAUUCUUCUUUUAUCUAUCAUUUUGAUUUCAACUUUAUCUUUAUUUAUUGUUUAUCUAAAUUUUCCCAAACUAGAACCCCAUGAAAAGCAACAUUUCAAAUUGCCCAUGAACAUUGAUGAUGCCAAAAAUUUGGGAAACGUUUUAUCCGGGUACAAAGAUCGAUAUUUUUACGUCGUUCUUUUCGGUUUUAUCAUCACUUAUAUUUUCUUGCAAUCAUUCGCCAUUCCCGGUUCAAUUUUCUUGAGUGUAAUGUCUGGUUAUUUAUUUCCAUUUCCAUUGGCUUUAUUGUCUGUUUGUUUUUGUUCGGCGGUUGGUGCAUCAGUCUGUUAUCUACUUUCAUGGCUUUGUGGUAGACCAUUCAUAAUUAAAUAUUGGCCACAUAAAGCUGCUCAUGUAUCCAACAUAAUCGAUCAACAUCGUAGUCAUCUUUUUUUCUAUGUAGUUUUUCUUCGAAUCACUCCAUUUUUACCGAAUUGGUUGAUCAAUAUAACAUCACCUAUUGUUAAUGUUCCUUUAUCUACCUUUUUUUUCGGAACAUUUUUUGGUGUUGCACCUCCUUCAUUCAUUGCUGUCCACGCUGGUACAACUUUAUAUCAGCUUACAUCAUCAUCGAAUAUAAUAACUUAUAAAUCUAUGUUAAUGUUGUUAACAGUUUCUAUUAUAUCUUUGACACCGAUCAUUCUAAAACGAAUAUUCUCUGAUAAAUUCAAACAGCCUUAAGAGUCAUUGUUAUAUGACACACAUUAAAUUUUUUUAAAAAUUUA